CAAGGGAGGGCGGCGGCACGUUAUGUCGUCAUUUCCGGCGGCGACGAAGCCGGUGGUUUGCUUGCUCGGGUGGUCGCGCGCGAGGGACAGAAAGAGACGGAUCUGGCCAGAGAUACCGGCUCUCUCUCCCCGCCAUGGCUUCCCUGCUUAAGGUGGACCCGGAAGUGAAGAUCAAGGUAGACUCUUUCAGGGAGCGGAUAACAAGUGAAGCUGAGGAUCUGGUGGCAAAUUUUUUCCCAAAGAAGCUUUUAGAACUCGAUGCGUUCCUUAAGGAUCCCAUUCUGAACAUUCAGGAUCUCACACAAAUCCACUCAGAUAUGAACCUUCCGGUCCCAGACCCGAUCCUGCUCACAAACAGCCAUGAUGGACUGGACGGGCCCAAUAUGAAAAAAAGAAAGCUGGAGGACUGUGAAGAGACUUUCCAGGGUACCAAAGUCUUUGUCAUGCCUAAUGGGAUGCUGAAGAGCAACCAGCAGUUGGUGGACAUCAUUGAGAAGGUGAAACCCGAGAUCCGGCUGCUGAUUGAGAAGUGCAACACGGUCAAAAUGUGGGUGCAGUUGCUAAUUCCCAGGAUAGAAGAUGGCAACAACUUUGGUGUUUCUAUUCAGGAAGAGACAGUGGCUGAGCUCCGAACUGUGGAGAGCGAGGCAGCUUCAUACUUGGACCAGAUCUCUAGAUACUACAUCACCCGGGCAAAGCUGGUUUCUAAAAUAGCAAAAUAUCCUCACGUGGAGGAUUACCGCCGCACAGUGACGGAGAUGGAUGAAAAGGAAUACAUCAGCCUGCGGCUUAUCAUUUCAGAACUGAGAAAUCAAUAUGUGACUCUGCACGACAUGAUCCUAAAGAACAUUGAGAAGAUCAAGCGACCCCGGAGCAGCAAUGCAGAGACCCUCUACUGAGCACAUCAACACUCUGAACUUAUGAACUGUUCAGUAGGCUCAAGACAGUCUUUGCCUCCGUUUGUUAUUCGACUAUCGAGAUGGGGAAGCUGGCUGGAAACAGUCCUCGCCACACUUUUAGUUAAAAGUCUAAAGAAACUCCUAGCUUUCUCUGGUUGGUUUUUAUUUGGCUCUCGGGAUUUGCCCCCCAGCUGUGUCAUGUGGAAGGCAUGGGGCAGAGCUACUCUUCCUACCUAGGUGGGAACAAGAUGAGUGGCCAGCCCUGUUCCAGACAAGAACCCCCCAAGCCAACAGCUCUGAAUGACUCUGCACUAUAGCUGCCCGGAGGAACUCUCCCUUCUAGGUAAUUUAGCCCUUGACUCUUGUCAAGAGCAGCCUCAAGUGCUGCUGAGAGCUGAUUGGUUUGAUCAUUAGCUCCACCCACUUCAGUCUUCCCAUUGGAAAAGCAGUUUGGGGAAACGAGUGCCCUUUUCGUCUCACCUGGCUGCCCACCUCCAUCCUUGUGACCUGUCCAAUCAUGCAGAUUUUAAUGCCGCCGUAGGUUUCUCCUCGCCACCCCCACUUCUUCCAUCAGGCUCAUUGUUUUGAAUCCACAUUAACCCCCUCCAGAAUUCUACAGGCCAGUAGCUCUCCUCCUGGUCUUGGCACUCAUCUGCCUGGCAGGGGACCCUCCUACGUUGCUUCAGUGCAGUGGGCCUACCCUGGAUGUCAGGCUGGAGCAAGGCAGGCCUGCUCAGACUGUUGACCCAACAGAAUCGAUUUGGCUAACAGCAGCGUGACUGAUCAAGCACUGAUGGCCCAGACUUAGUUCGAUCUUCCCCACCCCCAAUUUAAAAAGCCCAGCAAUUGGUCAGAGAGUCCUGGAAAGUCCAGCUUGCGUCCUUUCCCGCCCCUCAGCCACCUCGCUGAAUGGGUCCAGCUAGAUUUCCUCCGCUUUGUUCUUUUCGGGUCUUCAGGGAAGCAGGAAGGGGGUGCCAACUACCUGGGAUGCUGUGGUUUCCCUUGAAUUUUAUUCUUAAUCUGUAUACUCCUCUCGUGCUGUAGUCUUGUUAGUGGUGCUAGAUUGGUAAAAACAGUGGCAGGCAGAAUGAAGUUCCUUGGUUCCUUCUCCCUCUCCUUUUAAAUUUUAUUUUAAAGAUUCCUUUUCUCUGCCAGCUCCGAAGAGCACAGGAAGCGCCUCUUCCCUGCGCUCUCUGCAAACGCCUUUGUGUCAUUGUCAUUGGUAGCUGGGCAAGCCUUAGUCUUCCCCUGAGCAAAAACUCUUUAACAACUGCCCUCGUUGUCGCUGCGAUCUGCGAGCAGCCCCUCCCCUCCCCACGUGUUUCUUUGUAUCAGCUGCUUUGUUGGAUUGUUCAUAUUUCCUUGCCACAUUGAACGUAUGUACAACUUUUACUAUGUCGACAAAUUAAAAGUAAUAGGUACUUUGAAUUCA